CAGUCUGGGCAUGUUCAAUGCCUUUUGAACAAACCAUUUCAACCAUCACAACUUCGCGAAUGCGGGAAUGGCGUUGUGGACGGAUCCGAAGAAUGUGACUGUGGAACUCGCGAGACAUGCACUGACCCCUGCUGUGAUCCAUUAACAUGCACUUUGCGAGCUCAUGCUCAAUGUGCUGCUCAUCACCAAUGCUGCCAUCGGUGUGAGCUGCGAAAGGCAGGUGAAAUAUGUCGCAACGCUCGCUCAUCUUGCGAUGUCGCUGAGACUUGUGAUGGCAAAUCUGGAGAUUGUCCUCCAGAUGGACAUCUGGUUGAUGGAACGGCUUGCGGUCGCGAUGGACAAUGUUGGCGAGGCAACUGUAGUGAUCCACAUAACCAGUGUCAAAUGAUAUGGGGAGAAGGUGACAGCUUAAUCAUUUUAUGCUUUUUUAUUCAAAUCACACAUUGA